GAGGGAAGGGGCCUGCUUGACACUAUCUUACUGGGAAUGCUAUCUAAACCUGACUCCACUGGACCGCACCCCUGUCUUGCCCAGCCUCUCUUGACCAAUGGCCUCAGAGUCCUGUGGAGGGGGAAGGGGUGCAAGGUCCAGAGUGAAGAAUAAAAGGCCAGGCCUUCAGCCACUUGAGCACACUGGCUUCUGAGAUCAACUCCCAGCUUCUUGACCUGACACCAUGGUUCACUUCACAGCUGAAGAGAAAGCCGCUAUCACAAGCAUCUGGGAAAAAGUGGAUGUGGAAAAAGCUGGAGGAGAAACCCUGGGAAGGCUCCUGAUUGUCUACCCAUGGACUCAGAGAUUCUUUGACAAGUUUGGAAACCUCUCUUCUGCCCAAGCCAUCAUGGGUAACCCCAGAAUCAGAGCCCAUGGCAAGAAAGUGCUGACAUCCCUAGGCUUCGCGGUUAAGAACAUGGACAACCUCAAGGAGGUCUUUGCUCAUCUGAGUGAGCUGCACUGUGACAAGCUUCACGUGGACCCUGAGAACUUCAAGCUCCUGGGAAACACUCUGGUGAUUGUUCUCUCUUCUUACUUUGGCAAAGAAUUCACGGCCGAGGUGCAGGCUGCCUGGCAGAAGUUGGUGGCAGGAGUAGCCAAUGCUCUAGCCCACAAGUACCACUGAGCCCCCUUUCCUGAUAACCAGCACUCUGUGUACCCCUCAGUCCCAUCUAUAUAAGACCACUGUGCUGGAAUUUGAAACCAGAGUUGUGUUGAAUAAAGUCCAUUCUCUUCAGUAACACAA